GUUAUGUGGAGACAUAAUGGUGUUCUAAAGCCUAUGAGAGGGAGGACCCUGCCUCUUGAAGUUCAACCUAAUUGGUCAUCUGAGCAACUGUUAACAGCUGCUGAAAAGAAAGUAAAAGAUUUUAAUCAGGACAUGGAAGAGGGUCCCUAUGUUUUGCUGUACCCAGACGGUUCAGAGGUGAAAAACAUUCCAGGAACAAACACCCCAUUCAAACUACAGCUGUACAAAGAGGCACUUGGGAAGGCUUACCAAAGAAUAACACUGUUCGUCUGCACAGGUCAAGAUUUUUCAGCCAUUGACUGUAGUGGAGAUUCUUCGAGCGAAGACAGUGAAGUGCAAGUAAAAUCUACCUCACACAGUCCACAUUAUGAGAGUGACACUUUGGUGGGUGCAUUAAAUGCAUGUCUCCUAACAUAAAUAUAACAUUUAAUUGUAACUCAUUUUAACAUGUGGCUUGAGUUUUUUAUGCAGAUGUGGGAUGAUCCAGAUGAAGCAAGCACACCAAAGGCAAGAAGCACAUCAGACAGACCUUCUAAUCUCUCUCUGCCUUUUUUGGACAAAAGCACGGAGAAUCUUUGACGGUCCAGACAAUAGAAGAUUUCUCACAUUUAACAAUGCAGCUGCCAGAGAUGACGACUACUUUCUUGCUGGGCGGAUGAUUGCCGUUUCAAUAGUUCACGGUGGUCCAGGUCCGCGCUUUCUGUCAGAAAUGCUGUACGAUCACCUCACUGGGAGGACUGACAUUAAUGGAACAGUUGAAGAUAUAACAGAUGAGACCAUGAAGGCAGCUUUACUUGAGAUAUCCAGUGCAGCUUCAUUGAAUGAAUUACACAUGCUCAUUGACAAGUAUGCCAGCUUGCUGCAGACUGCUGGCUGUUUUGAUUACCCACGAAGUGUAGAAGGCAAAGACAACAUUGUGAAGGAUUUCAUUCAAUGGUACAUAUUGUACAGGAACCAGUACUCCAUACAAAGAUUUAGGGAUGGGCUUUCCACCUUGGAUGUCAUCCAUGCCCUGGAACAACAUCCAAGUGUAUUCAGACCCUACAUGUGCUACAGUGUUGAGAAACUAAAACCUGAAUCAUUGGAGGCUGUCUUCAAGGCUCAGCUCAGUGAAGAUGGUAGCACCAGACGACAAGAAGAAACAAGGAUUCUAGGAUACUGGAGAGACUAUCUGCUUGACACUGGAGAACAAGAAACUGGAGUCUUCCUCCAGGACAUCCUGAUGUUUGCUACAGGACUGGAUUCACUGCCUCCUUCAACGAUUCUGCCCCAGCCCCGACUGAGUUUUGAGUGGACUUCUAAAUUUCCCAUUGCCAGCACCUGUGCCAACACAAUCAAAUUGCCAAUCUCCAAAAACUAUGAAGAGUUCAAAAAUGCAAUGGACUUUGGUAUCCAAAACUCACCUGGUUUUGGAUUGCACUGA